UAAAACGGUUUGUCCAAUCAGAAGGACUCUGGGAUUUUUAGUCCUGGUUUACAGAAAGAGUGAGACAUCUGUCCUUGUAGUUCAAAUCUUUGUCCAGACCGGAAGCGGAAGUGAUGUUUGUUGUAGUAACGGUUUGUUUGUUUCCUCUUUGGUUCUUUUUCAAACUUUGCUCGUUUUGCUCAUUAAUAGUUUUUAUUUCCCCUUCUUCACUUCCUGUUUCCGCUCGGACUCCCGCUACUCUAAUAACGGUGCGCUGCGAGGCGGGAAGUUUGAAGGAGGCUAACAGCUGUUAGCCUGCGUGCUAACACGGUUCUGAUGAAACAUGCUCCGUCAGCCCGGGACUCAUCUGCCGCCCUCAGGCCGGACCAGUCCUCCUGCAGCUCGGACACCGGGGACGCUCUGAUCCGCUCCACCAGGACCCCCCUCCCGGACCUGGACUGGAGACGUGAAGCUGGACCAGGACCCGGAUCGGUCCAGAUAAACGUCCAGAAGCUGCUAAAGACCCGACCGAGUCCCGACACUGGUGCUCCUCCGCGGGCAGCGGCGGACGGGCAGCCCGGUAAGAGCUCCGGUCACGACCUCCUGACGUCACGUUUCACCCCCGGAUGUCGAGGAAUCGUACUCGCAGCUCUGAAACAACGCUCUCACAGCGCCCCCCGCAGGAGGGAAGUCAAAGUGAAGCUGCUGAACCCGGGGCCACUCCAGACCAGCUCCCAGGAUGCAGUUGGUGUUGCGGGGGUCCGGACUCAGGAGGAGCUGUUCUCUGGUCGUCUGGGAGACGUCACCAACGCAGCAGCAGCUGCUGCAGCGGCAGCGGUCGCAGCUACUGCUCCUCUCAUCAAGGCCCAGUCAGAUAUGGAGGCCCGGGUGUGUCAGCUGACGGACGGCGUUCAGCGGCUGCUGCAGGCCGACAGGGAGGAUGGGGAAAGGGGGUGGGGCCUAAACCAGCGGACGCAGCAGCACCAGGAGACGCUGCACAGUCAACAGCUGCAGAGCCAGCUGCUGGAGUCGGCCCUCAAGAUAGUGACAGGCCACGCCCCCAUGACCUCUACAGCUUCUGACCUCACAGUCUCUGGUCCCAACCCUAACCCAUCUCGUCUGGAGGUCACACACCUGGACACUGCAGCAAACGCCCACAGCAACCAGCAGCAAAGCUCCCCGGCAACCAGAGCUGCCACUGCCUUGGAGACCGACCCAGUUGCCAUAGCAACACCCAGCUGUGACCGAAGGCCAGAGCAAACCAGGGGGGAGUUCUAUCACCAAGCUGCUCCCAGCGUAACCUCAGCACUGCAGCUACGCAAAGAGACUCACUCACAGUCUCCUGCCAAUCCCAGUCGAGUGGCAGCGAGUGAAGCCAACGAGGUGAUGAGGGAGAUGGGACGCCUGAAAUCUGAGAUAAAGAUGCUGCUGACGCCACAAGACUCUGUGAAAACUACCAGGCCUCCACCGGACCAACACAAGUCUCAGCAAAACCUGCUCCAUUCCCAACAAAUCCAGGACCAGCAGUCCCAGUCCCAACGACCUCAGCACCAACAAAACAGCUCCCACACCCAACCAAUUCAGUCCCAACAACCCUAUUCUGAUCAAACCAAGUCUCAACCAAACCACUUCCAGUCCCAACAAUCCAGGUUCCAACAAAACCAGUCUCAGUCCAGAAAAGUCCCGUCCCAUCAAAUCCAGCCCCAACAAAAUCAGAGCCAGUUCCAUUCCCAGUCUGUGAUGGUCCACAGAGGGCUUGUGGUACCGUCCAUGUUGGAGGAGGCGGGUGGGGUUCUGCGUCAGGUUCGGAGACAGAAGAAGGUUCUGGAGGAGAACCUGGAGGCUCUGCUGAGAGCCAAGAACGGAGAGGUCCUUCACUGCCAACUGGAGGCACUGGCUGCCAACAGAGACUGGACUCAGGAGGUUCGGAUCAAGAGGACGGUGGACGCCUGGAUCAGCACUUUGUCCAAAGACGUCCAGGCUGAGACGUCCUCAGAGAGGGCUGCCAGGAGCUCCGCCCCCUCAGGGAGGGGUAGGCCAAUCAGUGUGCUCAGACAGACAGGAAGUAAGGUAGCAGGGCCGAGAGGAGGUCCAGGACAGAAAGCUGGACACAGAACGGUGCAGGGGGCGGAGCCUGUCCCAGGUGGGCUGAUAGACAGAGAACAGGUGGAGGGAGAGUCGUACCUGACACGUCUGUACGGCCGAGCUCCGUAUGAAGGUCUGAGACGAACCCUGAAGAAGAGUCCAUACCUUCGCUUCACCUCACCUGGGUCACCACUCAACAGGAAGCCCCGCCCCCGCCUGGUGGAGAGCGUCAGAGGUGUGAAGGUAAAGUCUUGUAAGACUCAGACCAGUUUGACUCCUCCCCUCAGUCCAUCACCUGGACGACUGCAUCAUCGCCUCAUCUUCAGCUCCUCCCACAUUAUGCCAGGUGACCCGGCUGACCUUACAGUGACCCCUGCUGACACUGUUCCCAUGGCGAUCCCACUGGGUCGUCGCAGGGUGGACUCUUCCUCCAGGUGUGUCACUCAGCAUCAGCAGGAAAUGACAUCACCACCCACACCUCCCACCACAUUCACUGUGGCUGCAGUGGUCGGAGCACCUGAGCAACAACCACAGAGGGAGGAGCAGCUGAAUGCUGGAGAAGCUCCGCCUCUUGCUCCAUCACACGUUGUCAUCGAGACAGAGAGCGAGGAAGAGGAGGAUGAGGAGAACGCCUUCCCUGGUGCUGACUUCCUGUCUGUGGCUGAUGUCCUCCAGGUUUCCUCUGCUCUCCCCCAGGAGGAGGAGAGUGUGGUGGGGGAGGAGGCUGUGGAGCUGGACGGGGGUCCGUCUCCUGCUCCGUUCAUGUACCAGGGUCCAGCUUUCCCUCCUCAGGCCUGCUCUGCCCUCCUUGCCCAGGGUCAGGCCUCCACCCUGGACACAGACCAGCAGAGAGACGCCCUGGAGGAGCGGCUGGUGGAGUGGGUGGAGCAGCAGCUGAUGUCCAGGAUGAUCUCAGAGAUGUACCGCCCCCCUCCCUCUGACCCAACCCACAACCUUUCCACUGACCACUCAGAGCUUGAGGAGCAGAGCUUCACCUCAGACAUUGUGGAGGCGGCCGGAGGUGGAGGACUGCAGCUCUUUGUCGACUCCAACGUGUUGGUGGACUCGGCUCUGAUCAGGCAGCUGGUUAACGAGGUUCUGACCGAGACUGUGGUGUUGAUGCUGGGACAGAGGGAUGCACUGGACACAGGAUCAGAACCAGGACUGGAACCAACGACACCAGGACCAGCAGCACAUCAGGAGGACAACAGGGUUCCACUGGUUCCCACACCAGUACCGACCCCUCCACCCAGCCCGACCAUUACCAUCAACCGAAUCACGCCCCCGACCACGCCCCCGACAUCUGAGCCAACCAGCCUGCUGAUUGAGGAGUGUCCUCAACCAAUCACAGCUGCAGAGCUCAAGGCCACGCCCACACCCACUCCUGACCCCGCCCCAUCAGCAGGAAGUCCACCUCCCCUUCAUCAAGCCCCGCCCCCUCUGACCUGGCUAGAGGCUGAGCUGCCAUUGGACGAGGAGCGACCAGAGGAGCACCUGGAUACAGAGCAACAACCGCUGGUGAUGACAGUACAAGAGGAGGACCCUCCUCUCUCCUCCCCCUCCGUGUCCUCGCCGUCUCCUCGUGGUCCUGAUGCUGACCCUGGACCAGCGUCCCCCUCCAGCUCUGUGAGCAGCAGCUCUGCAGCAUUGAAACACAUCUCAGAGGGAGAGGUGGUCAUCAGUGUCAACCAGCUAACUACUACGACAGAGGAGGGGGCCGUCUGCAGUUUCUCCAGCUCUCUACAGGAGCUGCACGACAUGGACUAUGACCCCCCCAGUGAAGGCCAGGUCAGAGGUCACGGCCUCCUGCUGACCCUGCUGACCAAGAUGGAGCAGGGAGUCACACCCCGAGGAGAGAGACCACAACCUGAGGGCUCCUGGGGGAGGCAGGACCAGGGCCAGGAGGAGGAGGUGAGCAUGGGAGAGGUGAGAGACAAUCGCACUACAAAACCUCACAGGACUACAAAUCCCACGGACUUCAGUAGGAGUACGGCAGCCCGGCGGGGUCAGAGCUCUUCACCUGGACAGAUCAGUCAGUGUUCAGCCGAACACGAGGAGGAGGAGGAGGAGGAGGGAGGAACCAGGAGGAUGGAUGUUCAUCUGCCUUCAGUCAGAGUGGAGGAGGAGGAGGAGGUGAUGGAGGAGGUCAGUGCAGCAGCUGAUACAGACUCCUCCACCAAUGAUGUUUUCUAGAAAGAUAAACAGAAGCUGAACAUUUCCUGAGUCACACUAGAAUAUUGUUUCCUGUUUAAUCAGCACAAAAACCCACAACAAGAAUGAAUCCACGGAUUCUUUCUCUGCUCUUUGACAUGUGGACCAUCACCUGGCACAGUUUCCUGAAGCUCACAAUGAUUCAAACUUAAACAUGUGUUCACGAUCACAAGAGACUCAAGAGAAGCUGGACCAAGAGGUUUAUCUUGAAAAAUGAAUUCAUCCAUUCAUCAGUGGAUCGAUGGACUGUUUCAUAUGGUGUAUGACUGACACAUUCCAGUUAUACACCAGUCAUCACGUUUAUUGACUGAUCCACACGGACGAUCGAUCAGUUAAUAAACACUGAUCAGAUUCCUCACAUCCUGCUUUUAAAAGAAAUAAAUCCUUUAACAAACUUAACACGUAACUAAAAACUUCCUGAUGUCAUUGUUUUUAAACUUGAGUGGUGAAGAGCAGGGGCGUGUCUACAUGGUGCCUUCUUCUUGUCUUUGCUGCUAUUUAAAUUUGUUUAUGUCUCUAAAGGUACAUUUGUAUUAUUUAUACUCCACACUUGCAUAGUCACUAAUAAAAUGCUCUUUAUUUUAAUAAAGUAGUUUUGAUUUCAUUCACUUAUUAAGUCCUUUUUUCAUUUUGUCUGAUCCGUAAACUUGUAACUGUGUUCUCGUCUCAGCUGAUCCCAGGUCCGCCUCCGAGGCUUCACACCAGGUCCUGGACUUUAACCUCUGAUCCUUUAAAGUGAAGCUCUUCUGAUAAAAGUCUCACCUGUGAUCAACCAGGUUUAUUCUUCAUGAAUCUUUUCUAUUUUUACUGUUUGUCUAUAAAACAUCAGAAAGUG